AUGCUGCUUCUCCUGCUCGGCUGUGUCCUGCCCGCCGCCAGCGGAGAGAGCUGCCUCCACUGCUGGCCAGAGCUGCCUGCGCUGAUCGACUACGACCUGCAGGUUCUCUGGGGCAGCCCGGGGCCACCCACAGAGCUCUCCCAAAGCCUCCACUCCCUGUUUCUGGACACCCGUGCCUUCGCUGAAGCCUCCUAUCUCGGUCAGGACCACUUGGAGGAAGAAACGGGCAAAUUGUUCACUCACAUAGAUCAAGCCAUUAAGAAGUAUCGAGAUGAUAAACCGUCACUCCUGGAAGAGGUUCGGGUCCAGAAGCAGCUGUUUUCUGAGCGGCUGAAGGAGAGAGGCAUGGAGCUGAAGGAGAAGGCCUGCAACGAGUCCUGUGACAUCCGCUCCACACUGGAGAUCAUCAACUGUGACAACUGCAGGACGCACUUCCUCACUUGCCAAGACCCCAUCCUCUGCCCAGGUAAGUGGCCAACGAUCGUCUGGCUCCAGACUCCCCCACCCCAUUGCCCACCUCGAGGCCCACUAUUGUCUCUGUCUGGACUGUCCUCCUACUCUGUCCCACCCUGAGCCCUUCUAUCCUCCAUCCUGU